GCGCUUUCCUUCCGUGCAGACAUGACGAGUAUCGACAUCGAAAUCCUUCGUAUUACCUCCAACGCUUAUCAGCAGUGAUGAACUCGUCCUGCAGGCUGGAGCGCCCGACGUAACAAUAACAACGAGAUAUACAUUUGCCCGUGUCCGAGCGAGUGGUCCUCCUCCAGCACGAUGCCUUGGCCGCUCACGACCUCAUCGAGAUCAUCGAGAUGAUGGAGAGGAAGAACCAUCUCUGCCAGUUUUUGCUACCCGAGCCUUUUCCUCUUUCUUCCCUUGAGCGUCACGCUGUUGACUUUCUGAUCGAUCCCUUCCUCCGAUCGAUGCUGUCCCGCGUGAUGAUCCCUAGACGGCCUCAUGGCAACAUUACUCUCUCUUCCCUUCUCUGCUCUCUCGACAGACACGGAACCGCGAAAACAAACGAGACACGAACCCCUAUCUUCACAUUCUCUUCUCUUCGUCUUCUCUUCCUUUCAUUCCCUCUCCAAAAGACCAUUCCAUCCUGCCUCCCUCCUCCUCAGUUCUUAAACAUCUGCUCAUCCCAGCCGAUCUCAUGCGAAUGCUCCCCGCCCAAGGCAGGGAUCGCCGGUAAUUCCGGCACAUCCUUGUCCUUGACCCGCUUCGACUCGCGAGGGUUCUCCGAUCCGGCGGCGGGGUCCUCGGCCACGGCGUCCAGCAUGCCGCCGUCGUCGUGGGCGUUGGCGAACCCGCUCCGGCGCCCGCCGAACCACGUGCUCGAGCGUUUGUUGCGGAGCGAGCGCGGCUGCGACUGCGACUGCGAUGGUUGUUGCUGUUGUUGCGGUUGUGAUGAGGCGGGCGCGGCGGAGGAGGAUGCGAUGCUGAAACCGGGCGAUUGCGGCCUGCUGCUGGUCGUGGCGAGGGUGUCCUGUGAGGCGCGCGGGAGGUUCAGCGAGCCGCGGGAGGAGGAGAAGGAUUUCCGGAGGCUGCGGAGGCUGAACAGCUUGCGCGGCUUGUCGUCCACGGGGUUGUGCCUCGCGCUGUCGGCUCGUGUCCGGGAACUCAUCUCCGCCGCCGAGGAGUAGGAAGCUGGGGUUGGUUUCUUCUGUUGCUGCUGCUGCUCGCCGUCUUUCUCCUCGUCUGAGGUUAAUUCGUCCUGCACGGCGGGGAAGGGCUCCAGGGGGAGACGCUCCAGCUCUUCGGCGGGGACCUCGAAGG